AAGAGACAAAGCCACGUAGAGAGACACUAACACAAACCAACCAACCAUUUUUUCUUCUUCUUCUUCUUCUUCUCUCCCACUCCUCUUCCUUCUCCUUUGGAACAAGAAAACAACAAGAACAAGAAAACAACAAUGGCAGGACAAUCAAGAAAAUGGAUGAUACUAAUAGCAACAAUAUGGAUUCAAGCAUUUACAGGAACAAAUUUUGAUUUUUCAUCAUAUUCAUCAACAAUGAAAUCUGUUCUUAAAAUAUCACAAGUUCAACUUAACUACUUAGCAACUGCUAGUGAUAUGGGUAAAGUAUUUGGUUGGUCUUCUGGUCUUGCUCUUAUGUAUCUUCCUAUUUCUCUUGUUAUGUUUAUUUCUGCUUCUAUGGGUCUUAUUGGUUAUGGCCUUCAAUUUCUUCUCAUCAAUAACUUCAUCUCUUUGCCUUAUUUUCUGGUUUUUCUUCUGUGUCUGUUAAGUGGCUGUAGCAUAUGUUGGUUCAACACAGUAUGUUUUGUUCUCUGCAUAAAAAAUUUCCCAGUUAACAGACCCUUAGCAUUAUCACUCACUGUCAGUUUCAAUGGUGUAAGUGCAGCACUCUACACUCUCGCCGCAAAUUCAAUAAACCCUUCAUCAGAUAACCUCUAUCUUCUCUUAAAUGCCCUUGUUCCUCUUCUCACUUCCAUUGCUGCAUUACCUCCAAUCCUUCGCCAACCGCCUUUAUCAGACACUUAUUCUCCACACGCUGCUCGUCACAACUCAUUUAUAUUUCUCACAUUGAACAUUUUAGCGGUUUUCACUGGCCUUUAUCUCCUUAUAUUUGCCUCAUCAACUUCUGACGAAGCUACAUCGAGAUUUUACUUUGGUGGAGCUCUUAUACUUUUAAUCUCGCCGUUAUGUAUUCCUGGUAUUAUAUAUGCUAGAGAUUGGUUUCACCGCACUGUUCAUUCGAGCCUUCAAGUUGAAAACACUGGCUUCAUUCUUGUUCAUGUUGAUGAUCUUGAGCUUCAUAAAGAACUUCUUACACGUGAAAACAGCGCUCGUAAUGUCAGCAAUGGAGACGGUCAAAGCCUACUUGGUGAAAAUGGAUAUGGAAUUCAGAGGGCAAAAAGUAGUGAUGUGAAUUGUAACAAGUUUUUCGGACAGGAUCAAUUGGAAAUGCUUGGAGAAGAACAUUCAGCCGCGGUUCUUGUAAAAAGGUUGGAUUUUUGGCUUUACUAUGUUGCAUACUUCUGUGGAGGUACUAUUGGUCUUGUUUACAGCAAUAAUCUUGGACAGAUAGCUCAAUCUUUAGGCCACAGUUCAAGAACGUCAACACUUGUCACGCUAUAUUCAUCGUUCUCUUUCUUUGGCCGUUUGCUUUCAGCUACGCCGGACUACAUUCGAAACAAGGUCUACUUUGCGAGAACAGGAUGGCUAACCAUUGCACUAAUACCAACACCGAUUGCAUUCAUAUUUCUGGCUUCAUCAGAUAGUGCUGCGGCACUUAAUAUAGGCACUGCGCUAAUCGGUUUGAGCUCAGGCUUCAUAUUCGCAGCUGCAGUGGCAGUUACGUCCGAGCUAUUUGGAGCUAACAGUCUUAGUGUCAAUCACAACAUUCUUAUUACAAAUAUUCCAAUUGGAUCCCUUCUCUAUGGUUUUCUGGCUGCAUUAGUUUAUGAUGCUAAUGCUAUCUCCGCACCUGCAAACGGGAACAUAAUAAUGUCCAAUUCGUUAGUUUGUAUGGGAAGACAAUGCUAUUUCUGGACAUUUGUAUCGUGGGGAUGUAUAUCUGUCAUAGGAUUAAUUUCUAGUUUGAUGUUAUUCUUAAGAACCAAACAUGCUUAUGAAUGUUUCGAGAGACACCGUAUUUCAGCACAAUCGACUGUGUCUUGAUUUCUGACACUGCAAGGAUGUGAAUAUCAUAUCAUACAUAAUUGUUGAUAACUGCAGAGAAGCUUGACAUGUAUAGGACAUGAUUUUGGAGGCAGAAAGAGUUAGGAUUUUGGUUCUCUUCACCACAAUGAAACAAGCAAAUAAGGAUGGAAGCUUUGGAUACAUGAGGUUUGAAAAAUUGUGUCGGCGGAGUCUUGAUCCUCGUGAAAUUUUGAGAUUGUAACUCGGGGAGAAAGUGAGCAGAUAAAUAAUCUACUUUGUAAGUUGUAUGUUUUCUGAAGUAACAGAUAAUGAAUUGAUUAACAAUUUAACUGUUAUAUAUUAUUACUCCAUCUAUUCCUUUUUA